AUGGUUAUCGAUAAAGAAUUAAAGAAUUAUGCUGAUAAUUAAUUGGAAAAUAAUGUAUUUUCUAAAAAUGAAACUUAGAUUCACACUAAAUAAGUGAUUCAAGAAGUAAUUUCUCUUAUGAGAAUGUUUUAAUAACAAUUCCUUCUUGAAUCCUAUCUGAAAGUAUUCCCAGUUGUUAUAUUUGAUUAAACUAAAGAAAUAUUAAAUAUUUCAUCUAAAACAUUAAAAUUAUUAGGUCAAAAUGAUAUAUUUUAAGCUGAAAAACAAUUAAGAAAAUUGGAAAUCAUAGAGGUCUUUAAUAGAAAGGAAUAAGUAUCAACUAAAGAUUUGACUGUUAAAUUGACUAGAUAAGCUAAAUUUUGA